AUGCUUUUUUCAUUUUUCAUUUUUCAUUUUUCAUUUUUAUUUUACGAAUUUAUAUUAAUUUUCCGAAAUCUGCUCAGGCAGGCACUUGAGCUUAUUUUCCCGGAUAGGAGAUCGGUGUUCGGGACAAUCCGUGAGUUCAAAUGCUACCAUUUCUCCGAGAUGUCGACGCCUGAAAUACCCUCCAGCAAGGUGCUGCCCGAAACACAGCCGGGUAUUGCUUCAUCUCCCGACCUCUCUUCCAAGACACCGGUGCAGAAUGUAUGCGAGCAACCUGCACAACCAAAACCUGCUUACACAGCGAUCUCGCUAUCGCGUCGACGCUUUAUUCUCGGUAUAAUCACAGUCGCAGGAAUAUUCGGUCCCCUUGCGGGAAACAUUUACCUACCUGCUUUGCCGGUGAUGGCCCGGCAGUUCCACAGAACAGAGACAGAGAUAAACGUCACGGUAACGGUCUUCAUGGUGGUGUUUGCUUUUGGGCCUUUGAUUUGGUCGAGUUUCGCAGAUUGGAAAGGACGCAGACCGCUCUAUAUUAUCUCCAUCCUGAUCUAUAUUUUGGCAAACGUGCUUCUGGCAGCCGUUCCAGCCAACUAUGGCGCACUGAUUGUCCUUCGCGUGGUGCAAGCGUUCGGAUCAUCUGCUGUCGUAUCUCUGGGAGCGGGCACAGUAGCGGAUAUUAUUGAACCAAAGAAACGAGCUCGAGCAAUGUCAUACUUCCUUUUCGGGCCCCAAUGCGGUCCAAUUCUAGGCCCAGUGAUAGGUGGUGCUUUGGUCGAUAAAACGUCCUGGAGAUGGAUAUUUGGUUUCCUGGCGAUCUCGGGUGCCACGCUGUGGCUCGUCCUCGUCUUUGCGCUCCCAGAAACCCUGCGUGCACGUGUGGGGAAUGGGAGUGUAUACACCGACCAAAGCUGGCUUCUUCUUCCUCCCAAGCUCUCCUCUGAUCUCGUUCCAGAGUCUGAAAGAGGACCUCCUCCUCCCAAACCCACCUUGAAAGGAUACUGGAAGCUCUUCCAAUAUCCCCCCAUCGGCAUCACGUGUAUGAAUACUGCUAUUCUCUACUCAUCAUACUUCUGCAUUGCUAUUCAACUACCAUUUGCUCUUGGAGAUGUCUACCACUGGUCCAGCAGUGAGGUCGGCGCUGGCUAUGUUGUUGUCGGAGUAGCCAUGGUCAUUGGAUCUAUCUGUGGAGGCCGGUUCUCUGAUUGGAGACGCAAGCGAUUAGUUCAGGUCCAUGGGGAGAGCAAUGUUCACCCCGAAGCACGAUUGAAUGAUCAGAUCUGGGGCCUUUUUCUCGCUUCUGCUGGACUGAUCAUGUUUGGGUUCUUUGUGGAGCAUGCGCUUCACCCGGCUGCUACUUUGAUCUCUACAUUCAUCGUCGGAUUUGGAAUGUCGUGGAUGUUUGUUGCAUCGAACGCAUUCUUGACUUUGUGUCUUGCACAGCAAGCUGCCGGCGCUUUUGCUUUGGGCAACAUGUUACGCAGCCCUGCUGCUGCUAUAGCUGCAGCAAUCAUCACACCUCUUGUGCAGAAAAUGGGCUGGGGGUACUGCUUCCUUGGCUUGGGACUUUUGAACUUGGUUGGAAUAGGUUCGAUGUUGAUUGUUCUACGAACGCAAUCAACCCGAUGGGCAAAAGCUAGACUAGCAAAAGGAGCACAAAACGGGCAUCAGAGUGGACCUCAGAAGCCAAACUGA